AUGACAUCUUCAAGUUCCGAAGAACAGUUAUGUUAUGGACCUGAGGAUCCAUCAUUACUCUUUCAUCAAAAAGAACACAUUUCAGCCUCAUUGUUGGCAAAUGGCACAUCAAAUGUUUUGAGAGUUCGUCGGAUGGAAAGUAAGAUUUGGGCAGUGCAAAUACAUGAAAAUGUGAAGUAUUGGAUUGAUGUAUGGGGUUUCAAAGGCGUGUUGGAAUGUGAAAGGCCGAUGAGGAUGGACAACGAGCUUAUCACUGCAUUGAUCGAGCGCUGGAGGCCUGAGACACACUGUUUCCACCUACCAGUUGGAGAAGUUAACGUAACCUUGCAGGAUGUGCAAAGCCUGUGGGGUUUGAGAGCAGACGGUCGUGUUUUCACUAGUCGUGACUACCCUAACGGAUAUGAAGAUUGGUCCAGCAAGUGUCGAGAUGUGUUGGGAUGGAUACCUGACGCAGAAACAGAAACGAAGCAGGGCGGUUUGUUAAUGACAUCUCUUAUCCACCAAGCAACGAUACCUUUGGGUGAUGGGCUGCAUGAUUAUGCAUACAUCCAAAUGGCACAUAUACAUGCUUUGAUCUUGUUAGGGGGGCUUAUUAUACCGGACACCACAGGGUGCAAGGUCCCCUUUAUGUGGCCAGAUUCUGUGACUGGAGUUCAAGCAUGUAGCUUGGCAACUGCCUAA